CCGCCGCGGCCCGCCCUGCGCUGGGGCUGCGGCGCCGGCCCAGCCCCGCUCCGCGGCCGCCGCCGGGAGGGAGCCGGGCCCGUCAGCGCCGGCGGCCGCGGCCCCUGCGCCGAGCGGCGGAACCAACUGAAAAUGUCUCAGAAUCCUGACAAGCUACACUCAAGUGAAGAAAGGCUGAGUGGUUUGGAGGAUGGUCAAGAGGAGAACUCGGAUAACCCGGAUCAGUCUGUCCGAAAAAGGAUCCGGCAGAGCGCUCCAGGGUCACACAGAGAUGACACACCCAAGUCCAGUCCUCCUCGGCCUGUGUCCAUAGAAGAGCUCAUGGAAACAGCCAAGGGAGUCACCAACAUGGCAUUAGCACACGAGAUUGUUGUCAAUGGAGACUUCCAGAUUAAACCAGCUGAAUUACCAGAACACAGCUUGGAAAAGAAAGUAAGAGACAUUGUGCAUAAAGCUUUCUGGGAUUGUCUGGAAGCUCAAUUAAAGGAAGACCCACCAACAUAUGAUCAUGCAAUUAAACUGUUGGGAGAAAUUAAAGAGAAUCUCCUGUCUUUCUUGUUGCCUGGUCAUACUAGACUGAGAAACCAGAUUACAGAAGUUCUUGAUCUGGAUUUGAUAAAACAGGAGGCAGAAAACGGGGCCCUUGACAUUUCUAAGUUGGUCAAAUUUGUUAUUGGGAUGAUGGGGACUCUCUGUGCUCCAGCUCGAGAUGAAGAAAUUAAGAAACUGAAUGAUAUUCAUGAAAUAGUUCCUCUGUUCAGAGCCAUUUUCUCUGUAUUAGACCUAAUGAAAAUGGAUAUGGCAAACUUCGCUGUCAGUAGUAUUAGGCCAAAAUUAAUGCAGCAGUCUGCUGAAUAUGAAAGAAAGAAGUUUCAGGAGUUUCUUGAGAAACAGCCAAAUUCUUUAGACCUUGUCACAAAGUGGUUGCAAGAAGCAGCGGAUGAUCUUGCAAAACUGGGACAUGAAAUGUUGCCUCCCCACUCUAAUGAUGGUGCUACUGGUGGAGCCUCCACCUUGUGCUUCUCUGCUGUACAAAAUCAGGCCUAUCUGAAGCUCCUAAAGUGGGAUCAUGUGAACAGACCUUUUCCAGAAACAGUGCUCAUGGACCAGACCCGCUUCCUGGAAAUACAGCUGGAGCUGGAGCAACUCCUCCUGGUUGGGACAGUGCUCCUGGUCACGUUCAGUGCAGCAGGCCCAGCACUUGUUGAUGUGCCUGGAUUUGCAGAGAAAAUCAAAACCAUUGUCAAGGUGCUGCUGACGGGAACGCAUCUUCCCUCCUUUAACCUGAAGGAAUCUCUGGCCACCAUCGGGGAGAAGGUGUGUGCCGAAGUGAACAGCUGCCUUUCCCAGCACGGCUUUACACCGUUCUCAGCAGAGAGAGAGACUGUGCUUAAAGGGCAGAUCCAAGCAGUGGCCAAUCCAGAUAACACCAUCUGCAGGCUCAUAGAUUCUCGAAUUCAAAAGUUUCUGGAGAAUUAUCUUGCAUCCAGUCACCAGAAAACACUACCUGCUAUCCCUGGAGGGUUAGGCCCUAUCCAAAGAGAGCUGGAAGAGGUUGCUGCCAAGUACGUUCGUCUCGUCAACUACAACAAAAUGGUCUUCAGCCCUUACUAUGAUGCAGUCCUUGGCAAAAUACUGACUAAGGAAGAAUCUCAACUUGUAGGGAAGCCAGAAGAGUCAUAAACCCAGUUUGUGUGCUACCAACACGGUAUUGUCAGCUAUUAAAUAAAAAUUGUACCAAUAUUUGUCUAGGAAAACA